AUGCCCAUCCCCACUGUGCGUCUUCCUUCGGGCGUCGAGCUGCCACGCCUCGCCUUUGGUACGGGCACAGCGCUGUACCAGUCUGCGGCUGCCAAGCAGGUGACCAUGGCGCUCAAUGCCGGCUUCCGCUUCGUCGACGGUGCCGAGGUGUACGCCAACGAGGAAUCCGCAGGUGAGGGCAUCCAGGCGUUCCUCAAGUCGUCCGGGCUCAAGCGCGAAGACAUCUACGUGCUCACGAAGGUGGGCAAGGACGGCAUGAAGGAUCUGCAGUCGGCAGUCAAGGAGGAGAUGCGCAAGCUGCAGGUGGACUACCUCGACUCGUACCUGCUCCACUUCCCGCCGCGCGGCAAGGACGGUCUGCCGAGCAACGUGGAUGCGUGGAGGCAGCUCGAGAAGAUCAAGGCUGCCGGGCUGACCAAGAGCAUCGGCGUGAGCAACUGGCUCGCCUCGGACAUCCAGCAGCUGCUCGACGCCGGCCUCAGCGUUCCGGACAUCAACCAGAUCGAGUUCCACCCCUACCUCUACGCAAACGCAGAGUACACAAAGCUGCUUGCGCUCCAGAAGAAGCACGGCAUUGUUACGAUGACCUACGCCGCGCUGGCACCGUUCUACAAGUCGACGCUCCCCGAGGAUGGUCCGCUCCACAAGGCGCUCACUGCCAUCGCGGCCAAGAACGACCAGCGCACCACCGCAGCUGUGCUGCUCCGCUGGGCGCUCCAGCGGUCGGAGGGCAUCAUUACUACCACGACCAGCAAGGAGUCGCGCGCCAACGAGCUGCUCGACCAGCUCGACUCGAACAACGACGCCCAGCUCCACCUCGACGAGGACGAGCUGAAGCAGAUCGACCAGGCGGGCAAGGAGCACGGCUACGAAAAGUACUACAUGGCACCCUUCAUGCAGCCCUAG